CUGGCCCAACAACCCCCUCCACCUCCACCAUGCACCUGCUACAGCCUCACCUCAGCAGACACCCCCUUCAUCUUCACUCACAACGAGAUCUGGGACUUUCGCGCGCAGCCCCUCCCUCAACCCCAACCUCAACAAGAUCAACAACAACAACAACCCACCCUCCUCUCCCAAACCCCCCUCGUCUCCUCCUGGCGUCCCCAAACCUGGCACCGCCCCCCAUCAGGCCGCGCCAUCUCCCCCAUGCACAACGAAGACGCCAACGUCUUCCUAACUCCCCACCCGGACGCCCCCGCCCCAGCAACAGCCCUCAUGCUCCGCGCCACCCGCCACGCAGACCACACCGCCACAGCGGAGAUCGAGUCCACCAUCGACUCCAUCAAGCACUGCUCGCUGCGUGUGCGCAUGCGUCUGGUGAAUCUGGCUCCUACGCCUGGACCCGUCCCACCGGGCGUCUGCGCCGGCCUCUUCAUCUAUAACUCCGCUACCUCUGAAUCGGACAUCGAGAUCCUCACGCAUGAUCCUAUAACCAUGGCGCACUACGCUAAUCAACCGGAUUAUGACCCCGUCACGGACGCCAUCAUCCCCGGCUCGAUGGUCGUUGUCCCUGACUUGCCUCGGCCAUGGACGGAGUGGUCUACCCACCGCCUGGAUUGGGUCCCUGGCGAGUCAGCCUGGUACGCGGAUGGGAAGCUCGUCGCGAGGCUAGCCUACGGCGUUAUGCAGACUGAGGGUCGACCGAUCUUGAAUCUCUGGAGUGAUGGGGGUGGCUGGACGGGUGAUAUGCCUGUCGGAAGUAGUGUCGGGAUGGCAAUUGAGUGGGUGCAGUUGGCUUAUAAU